GGACAUCAGAGAUUUUUUCACACACUUAACUUGGACUAAGGAAGAGUGAGAUGCUACAUCACUGGAACAUGGAUGUGAGGAGUAUCGUGGGGGUGUUGGUUUGUUUGUCUUUCGGCCAGUGUUUCUCAAUUCCUGAAUUCCGUGCAACAGAGUCAGGGUUAAUGCCCACUGACAACGUGACGCAGGGGGGAUUCGCAGAGCCGGAUUUAUCCUAUUGUCAGAUGAUUCUGGAAGCUCAAGUUCCACCCACAGCUGACCAGGUACCCUGGUUCUGCAUCUGUUCCGCUUGUUCCGGAAACCAAGGCCAGAAGGGAGACAGAGGCGACCGUGGACUGCCAGGAGUUCCUGGUAGUCCAGGUCCAAGAGGCCUCACUGGGCUUCCUGGCCGUCCAGGAUUUACAGGACGUCCUGGGAUAAAGGGUGAGAAAGGCGACGCAGGAGAUAAGGGUGACGCUGGUCCUGCUGGAGUUUCAGGGCCGAAGGGAGACAGGGGAUUCAAAGGCGAGAAGGGUGACCGUGGCGUGGAUGGUCCUAUGGGAGAACAGGGUCCAAAGGGAGAAGAUGGUCAGUGCCCGGAUACCUGUGAGCCCGUACCAGGGCCGGCAGGCGAGCCGGGUCUUCCCGGCCCUGCAGGUGCGCGAGGGUUACCUGGGCUGAAUGGAGAGCCUGGUCCCAAAGGGAUGAAGGGCGAUCCUGGUGUGGCAGGAGAGCCUGGCGUUCCAGGUGCCCAUGGGGAGAAAGGUGACCAAGGUCCACAGGGCCUGUGCGAUUGUAAGGAUGGGGCUCCAGGAGCCCAGGGUCAAACAGGAGAAAAGGGUGAAAAGGGAGACGUUGGUCCAACAGGGCCGCAGGGUCCGACUGGUGCCACAGGACAUAAAGGUGAUCAGGGAGACAUGGGAAUGACCGGCAUACCCGGACCUUGUUCACCCACCGUGCAAUCUGCUUUCUCUGCCGCUUUACUCACUGCCUAUCCUUCACCGAGCCGCCCAGUAUCUUUCAAACGCGUCAUCUACAACAUAAACCUGCACUACAACCCUGAUAACGGCGUCUACACUGCGCCGGUUAACGGAACCUACGUGUUUAGCUACCAUCUGCAAGUGUCCACCCGUAUGCUAAAGGUCGGACUCUUCCACAAUUUCGAGGCUGUGGUGAGGACAACUACACCGGUGGACAUGAACACCGCCUCUCAGCAGGUGGUGAUGAGUCUGAGCCAGGGUGACUGGGUGUGGGUGCAGGUGAAAGAUACCACCACUAAUGGCAUGUUCACCGGCACUGAGGCCAGCAGCACUUUCAGCGGGUUUUUGUUGUACCCAGACAAAUGUGAUGACAUGAUUGGAAGAGAUUUCUCUGAAAACUAUUCAAAGGAGUUUCCUGAUCAUGAUAUUUACUGGGGAACUCCGUAGAGACCCACAUGUAUACCUUACCCUCUUACCCUACACCUUAAACCCUUAACCAUAUACAGACAAGGGUAGCCAAUAUUGCUCCUGGAGGGGUACCAUCCUGCAGACUUUAGCUCCAGUCCUAUUCAAACUCAACAGCUAAUCAAGGUGCUCAGGGUUAUGUGAAAGUAACAGGCAGGAGUGUUGAAGCAGGGUUGGAACUGAAGACUGCAGGAAGGUGGCUCUCCAAGAGCAGGGUUGGAGACCCCUGGCCUUAAACUCUAAACUCUUAAUCUAAACCCAGAAUUCUAAACCUAAAUUUGACCCAUUUCCUAGACCAACACCCAACAUUCUAAACCUUCAACCAAACUAAACUACACCCAACAUUCUAUACCUAAACUCAACUCUAGGUCUACGUCCUAGACCUGCACCCUAGACCUACACCCAACAUUCUAAACCUAAACUUUAAUUGACUCCAUAGACCAAACUCUACUCUAGGUCUAACUCCUAGACCUGCACCCUAAUCUGUUAACCUUCACCCAUACUUUAUCUGCUCCCUAGACUUACACCCAGUAUUCUAAGCCUAAACUUCAACUGACUUCCUAGACCAAACUCUACUCUAGGUCUACUCCCAAGACCUGCACCCCUAAUCUGUUUACCUACACCCAAUAUUCCAAACCUUUACCCAAACUUUUACCUACACCCAACAUUCUAAACCUAAACUUUAAUUGACUCCCUAGACAUGCACCCUAAGCUAUUAACCUGCACCCAACAUUCUAAACCUAAACUAAACUACACCCUAGACCAGUGAUCUCAAACUCAAUUCCUGGAGUGCCACAGUUCUGCACAGUUUUGCUCCAACCCUAAUCAAGCACUUAAGGAUUACUAGAAACUUUCAACCAGGUGUAAGUUGGAGCUGGUUGGAGCUAAACUAUGCAAAACUGUGGCCCUCCAGGAAUCAAGCUUGAGACCACUAACCUAGACCUACACCCAACAUUCUAUACCUAAACUCUACUCUAGGUCUACUUCUUAGCCCUAAACCCCAAACUGUUAACCUACAUCCAACAUUCUAAACCUUCACCCAAACUUUUAUCUACACCUAGACCUAUACCCAACAUUCUAAACCUAAACUUUUUAAAACUCCCUAGACCUGCACCCUAAUCUGUUAACCUACACCCAACAUUCUAAACCUUUACCCAAAUUUUUGUCUAUAGCCUAGACCAGGGGAGCCUAAACUCAGUCCUAGAGGGCUGGUGUCCUGCAGAGUUUAGCUACAAUUUGCCUCAACACACCUGCCAGGAAGUUUCUAAUAUUCCUAGUAAGACCUUGAUUAGCUGGUUCAGGUGUGUUUAAUUGGGGUUGGAACUAAACUCUGCAGGAGAGUGGCCAUUCAAGACCGAGUUUGGGCACCCCUACCCUAGACCUACACCCAACAUUCUAUACCAAAAACUCUACUCUAGGUCUACUUCCUAGACCUAAACCCUAAACUGUUAAUCUACAUCCAACAUUCUAAACCUUCACCCAAACUUGUAUCUACACCCUAGACCUACACCCAACAUUCUAAACCUAAACUUUUAUCAACUCCCUAGGCCUGAACCGUAGACUC